AUGGAAUCUAACUUCAAAGAAGUCUUUUUCCUUGAGUGUGCUGGGCACAACCAGCACAGGAUUGCAGCCUCGGCUGUCGCCUUUAAUGGUGGGGAGGGGCGCCCUCUUAAGUCCAUAAAUAACAGAUUUUUAAAAACCAACGAGGAAAACAAGGAAGAGGGCAAGGAACCAGGAUCCCACCCUCUUCUGCCACCGCCUGCCGAGCAACAGUUGCGCUCUAGAAGCCGAACCAUCGAGGAGGAAGCCGCGGCUGCCACCGCAACUCCCACCUCGCCCUCCGCCGGCAUGGGCACAGGCAGCAGUAGCUGCAGCCCUGCCCGGCGCUGGAGGAGAUCGCGGUGGGGCAGCGAGAGCGGCAGCGCCCCCGCCAGGCCGAGCCGGGCAGAAGAGCAGGAGAGGGCGGACGCAGGAGCCAAGUGCAGCCUAGCGGCCGCGCAGCCACCUCUCCCACCGCUUGGGGAGCCCGACUCGGACUCGGAGCUGCUGGACCAAGUGCUGGCGGAAUGUGACGCCGACGGUCCGGUACAGCCGCCCUGGCAGCCUCGCCACCCGUCGCGCCUCGCCGGGCAUUCCUCCUCCAGCCCGGCAGGGGGCGGCAAGGGGGACGGAGCCCGUGGGGACCGGCAGAUUUUAUUAACAAGAGGCACCCUGGCUUCAGAGAACACUAACUUCGCCAACAACCUACCACUCCAGAAAGCUGAGAGGAAGUCCAAGACAUCCUACGACUAUUCUGAAGUGGAGAUGAUGGCAGCCAUCGAACAAGAAUAUGGUCGCUGACGUCUCUUGCCACC